AUGCUGGACGAGAAAGCGCCGACAUCGAAGCUCGCUCCUCCAUCAAGAGGUUCGUCUUUUUACAUUGAGAAUUUGCUGGGAACGACAGACAAAGGGGCUUCAGCUGAGGAGCGGGUGGAGACCUCGGGCUUCACAGUUACCGUACACUGCCCGGUGAUCUGUCCGGUACAGGAAACGAGAUGUGCGAGCGACAGUGAGGUGCUGAACCGGAGAGGGACAUCACCGCGCACAGAGCUCGGCAGCUCAGGAAGUCCACAGCACAAGCCCAGCCGCCCGGAUGAACACAGAGACCUUCUGCCAAGCAGCGACCGGGAUUCCCCAACUUUAACAGGGCGGGCGGGGGAGAACGAUGAACCGGAGGAAAAGGGGGAAGACAGUUUGACGGAUGACAGGGAGGACGACGCGCGCUCCUCCUGCUUCUCUCGCGAGGACAGCUGUGACCCUGGUGACACAAAAGUGGCACGAAAGAAGAAGACCCGCACCGUGUUCAGCCGGAGUCAGGUCUUCCAGCUGGAGUCCACUUUCGACCUGAAACGCUACCUGAGCAGCUCAGAGCGGGCCGGUCUGGCUGCCUCGCUGCAGCUCACAGAGACCCAGGUGAAGAUCUGGUUUCAAAACCGCAGGAACAAGUGGAAGAGGCAGAUCGCUGAAGACAUGGAGGCCAGCAGCGCAGCCGUCCCCUACGCCACACAGAGGGUCGUCAGAGUACCCGUGCUGUAUCGCGAGAACGUUACCACGCCUGUGACGCUGACCAGCCUGCCCCAAGUGUCGCCAUCAGUGGUUGGCUUCUCUAACACUAUUAACUAUCCACUGACUACUCACUUCACUCAUCCAGUGUCGUUUGUAACACCACAGAUGACCGGACUGGUGGGACUUUGA